CGAGACACGUUGAGAGCCAUUCCCAAACUAGUCGCUGCUCCGAUCACAGAUCACUUCGAUCCUGUCACUUUCAAAGAAAUCAUCGAUUGCCGGAUAUUCAAUCGAUUGACUAUCCCCUCGCCGACUCGCAAACUACCCCUCCCCUCCUUCGACAGCCAACCCCCACAUCCCCCAAAAUGUCCAUCCCCAACGAGGCCCUGCAGAAGAUCCUGCAAGAGAUUGAGACCCGUGCUAUUGCCUCGCAGCAGCAGAUUGGCGUCACCAAGGCCCAGAUCACCACCAAGCAGCGCGACAUCCGUAUGCUGCAGCUGACAUCGAAGGAGCUGGCUGAGUUGCCCUCGGAGACACCGGUGUACGAGGGGGUGGGAAAGAUGUUCGUCAACGUCCCCAUCGGCACCGUCAACAAGCGUCUCACUCGCGAGAGUGCGGAGGCCUCUUCCGAGAUCAACAACCUCGAGAAGAAGCUACACUACCACGAAACAACGUUCAAGAACAGCCGGGAGAACUUGGAGCAGAUUCUGAGCUCCGGAGGACGCGCUUGAUAAAGUUGUGAUGGGAUUAUAGAAGCGAUUAUGGCAUUGAGAGGACACGGCUAAGGAGAAGAUAUCCGCCCUGACGAUGGAUAUCGUCGGGGGCCCGGGAACCUUUCAGAAAGAGAGGUUCUCUGCAUUGGUGCUACCGGGCCAUAAAGGAACUGAUCGAAGCUUCCUCAGUCGGAUGAGGGGAAUGGCCCAGGUGGAAGUAGUGGAAAGCCGAAGGCUUCGUUCGAGGACGGAAGAAAUCUAGCCCAGGGCUGCCGAGUCCCUGGCCUGUCAGAUCUGUCCCUUGGUUUGUAUUACCGAGGAACUGCUCUGUUUACCGGCAAUUUGGAUACCCAGGAGUUUUAUGUGAAGAGUGGCUUUGCAAACAAUGGGCAAAACCGUAACACGGGCCAUUGUUCAAUACAAAAGACAUCAAUAUUCAUUGUUGUGUUUCCAAAUCCGAGGACCCCGAACAAAGAUAAAGUCGAGCCCCUGGU